UCAAGGCUCCUCAUUUCAGUCUUCAUCUGACCAAAAUGUUACAAGAGAAAAUCAAGCAAAAACAUUUCAGGUCCCUGAGACUGAUGCCUGCAUUAUGGAGAUAUAGAAGAAAGGAGACAGGAGAAUAUAACCUGAAAUCUAUAGUCUUAUGGCAUCUCUAGCUGUCAUUUUGGACAUGGUGACCAUCCCUACUGAGAUUGUUCUGCAAAGGUGCUGACUAUGACUCAGAAGUGAGUGAGUGGUGGUCAAAACAUUGGGCAGGCUGUCGGUUCUCCAUCACAAAGGAGAAGGGAAGACAAGCUCUCUCGGUGAAAUGUCUAUUUGACAGGAAGACACUGUUGGCUAAUCCAGAAUCCUGAAAGAAGCUAGCAGAUCCAGGUCCUGUUUCUAAUGCUCUCACUGAUUUGCUCGGGCUUUGGGCCAAGGUACAUGACAUCAGUUAUCUGGGUUUUUUAACACCAGCAGGGCACCCACCUCCCAGAAAAGUGGAAGAAGUUUUAAGACUUUUCUGAGGAAGCCUUGCUGAAAAUUUAGCACAAGGCAAAUUCAUAUUUGUGUAAUAAAAAAAAAUCACAUUCACAAAGAUGCUGCUUAAAGUACAAUGUGAAGUUUACAAGCCAAGAUCCUGCAAAAGGCUGAGAAAGAACUUCUGUGGCCAAAGAACCUGAAACAUCUACUCCAUUAGAAAACAGUCACUCCCAAAAAAGAGGGACAGCUUUGACUGGCUGUAGUGGCUGAAAGUUUCUGCAAUGUUUAUACAACAACUAAUUCUACCUUCCUCUUCCUUUUAUGGAAACCCUGGGGACUGGGAGGGCAGUGGAUAAGGCACGUUGACCAACACCAUAGGAGCAUCUGCUCUGGUAUUGCUCUGUUACACCAACUGUUCCUCCCCUCCUCGGGCCCUGCAUUUUCAAGGCAAAGCUCCCCAAAGUCACUUUGCUGCAGGGAUCUAAUGCAGGCCCCAUGAGACAGGGCAUAGAAGAGAGGUAGAGAGAAAAAGAGCAAGCAAGAAUGAAUCUUAUUAAAUGGCAAAGUACUUCUCUCAGUCUCUCAUCACAUUUGGGGCUGAUUGGAGGUAAAACUGCACUCAGAGGGAGGGAAAGCCCCCUCCCCUGGGACAAUUCAGAGGCUCUCGCACAAACUUAAUUUCAAGCUCUGUUGAAGAUGGUGUUUGUCUUUUUUUUUUUUUUUGUAUGCAUUCAAUUUAAUUUCUCAGGCAGACAUGUGAAAAUGAGAAAGGCAGACUUUUGAUUGUGAAGACAGCCCAGUGCCUGUUUCUCACAGAUCCAGUCUCACAUUGUUUUCCUCCAUCGCUGCCCUCAGUAAAUCGCUGUGCAGAGGUUGCUAAAAUGCCCACCACCUCCCUUCCAUGCUUCGGUGGAGACAGUUACAUUAUUUUUUUGUGUGUGUGUUUAAGCAGUAUAAUUCACUUUUAAUUCAAAACACACCCUAGCUUUCCAUAGCUCUGUUUAAAACGGGAGCAUUGUGACCUUGGAGAGGCUCAGACCUGCUGGCACCAUGAAGUUCUGAUCUGUACUUUGCUCUCCAGACCUGACUUGUUUGCUCUCUUGUGAGAAAACAGGUCUUGGUGGAUUUAUGAUCUACCCAUUUUGGUGCUGAUGAUUGAAGGGGAGAGAGAUGAACUGCAUUUGGUUUUGGAAGGUUCCCAAGGGAGACAUUCCUGGACAUUCAGCUCUCUCAGCCCACACUGAAACACGUGCUGUUUGGCUCCUCUGCAAACAGUUGAUCUGGCAAGCUGUAUGCUAAUUUUCCAGCCUUGAGAGCAUAUAUACACACAGGUAAAAAUACAGCUUGGGGUAGGCUUCUGCCUUUCCAUCUGACCUGAUUUUUCUGACCAAAAACUGGCACAGGGUGACAAUUUUUAAAACUAAGCCCUGACUGCGAGGAAGUUAGCAGAGCCACUGGUGCGGGACAGUUCUAGUGGGUCCAGCUUCUCCCUUCUCCAAAACAGAUGGAGGCAGACAUGCUUUGUCCAAGUUGCUCCUACGUUGUGAUUUCCUACUGUGAUCCAAGGAAGGAUCACAAGCAAAAUACAAAGCAGUACUAUGCCCUAAAACAAUUGCUGUCUGCAACUCCAGGUCAUACCACGAAAAUCUUAGUUCCUUUGUUUGUUUCAUAGCUGACACAGAGAUUAAUUUUUUCCUGUCCAUGGCAUUGUACUCACUGGAGCUACCAUGGAACAGCAAGCGUUGCUUUGUUUUAUGGAGGGGAAGACAAGCAGGGUGGGUUUGCCGUGAUCGUGGAGAGAAUGGCACAGGGAGAAUGUAAACAGUAGAGACUCACAGCAGUGUGCAAGAAAAGCAAGCUUUGCAUCAGCAGCAUUGGGUGGGUUUCAGCAAAGGAAGACUUUGCCCAGGGAAAAGAAACGUUAAGUACAUUUUUUAUUUUAAAAACCAAUUAAGUUUAAAUUAAAUGUGAAAUGAUGACGAUUUGCAUCCAGGCCUUAAGCAAUCCACUUAAAUUGAAUAAUGAGUUGUUGUGUGGAGGAGAAUGACUGAGGUUGUUUCCUGUAGACGUAUGCCCUAUAUCUUAGACCAAGUCUGAAGGAAGAGUACUCCCAGCUCCCCAUAAAAGUACUGUCAGCCUGUCCCCCCAUCUUUUUCCUAUGCCACCCUAUUUGGAGGACAAACAGCAGCACAUGCUUCACAGAAUCACAGAAUGGGUAAGGUUGGAAGGGAUCGCUGGAGAUUAUCUGGUCCAAGCUCCCUGCUCAAGCAGAAUCCCCUGGAGCACGUUAGUCAGGAUUGUGUCCAGGUGGCUUUGGAAUAUCUCCAGAGAAGGAGACUCACAGCCUAUCUGGGCAGCCUGUCCUGGUGCUCAGUGCUGUGCCUGAUCUGGGAUUGCACACAGGGGCUGGCUGCCUGGCCAGUGGCUAUACCUUGGAGUGGGAUGCUGAGCUCAGGGUGCUACCUCCUCUCACGGGCACAGAUUUCCUUUUAACUCUCUCCCCAGUGCAAACCCAACCUCUGGCUCUUCUUUGGAACCUUGUAGGAAUUUAAUAUCUGUAAGACGUCUUUUCCUCUGCCACAUUUAAGUGAAAACGGGCACACAAGAUCAGGCAGAUGACUGACAGCGCAAUCUUGUAAGAAGCCCCAUCUCUUUACAAAAUCAGCCAGUGAAGAGAGGAUGUGUAAAAGCCAAAAUUCUUAGGGACAGCGAGGCCAUGGCAGGAGGCCCCUCACAGUGGGGCUGUGAUGCUGUGGUUCCUUCAGGCACAGGCAGAGGUGUACCCAUUUCACAGAAUCAAUUAAGUUGGAAAAAAACCUCUGAGAUCAUCAAGGCACAUCAAGCACCACCAUACCAGGUAGAUCAUGGCACUAAGUGCCACAGCUGUUCUUUCCUUAAACACCUCCAGGGACAGUGACUCCAUCACCUCCCUGGGCAGUCCAUUCCGAUGUCUAAAUUUCUGUUCACCUCUCCCUGACCAAUUUAAAGUGGGAACAGCAGCCGGGUGUUGACCGAGGAGACGACACGCUGUGCCGCCCAGUCGGCGGGCACUGUUGGGAGGCCGGACUACACCUCCCAGGAUGCCGCGCGGCAGCACGGCCCGCCCCGGCUCUGCAUGCUGGGAGCUGUAGUCUGGCCGGGAGGCGGGCGGGGGUGGGCGGGCGCUGAGCCUGUGCCAGUGCCACAGCGAGCCCGUGCCGCUGCUCCCGGGGCUCUGCUCGGGGUGGCCUUGGACACUCUGGACCCUCUACCAGCCCGCCUGGCACAGCUCGCGGCCGGAACGGGAGGUUUGGCUCUCGGCGUCCUGACGAAGCCGCGCUAGGAGAGCGCGCUGCCGCCUCAGAAAGUUGGAGGAGGAGGAACAGGAGGAGGAGGAGGAGAAGGUCUGCACAGCGAUGUAGCCCAAAGCGUGGGACGGCAGCUCGUGGAAGGCAGAUCAGCUCCUCACCGGCCAGAUCCCGGAGCAUGGGCUAAAAGCUAUGUCCCUCUCCCGUGUGGAAAAUCACUGUUUUCUGCUGUUCGUGUGUGUCUUCCAAGCGAUAUUUAUCCUCAUCCUCUACCGAGGUGGACCUUCGAAUGUGUUUCGCGGGUUUUCAGACUCGCCUCAGGUUGUGGAUUACUCGAAGCCGCACGAUGUGUACACAAACCUCAGCUUGUUCACCCGGGCUCCCCGUGAGGAGGCGAUGCCGUACUGCUCCGCUCGGUCACCGGUCCUUGUUGGUCCGUUAACCAUCACCUUCAGGAUGCUCCCUAGUGAAAGGAUGAUCAUCAAAAAGAAUCCUUUCGUUCAGUCUGGUGGCCACUACAGGCCACCUCACUGCUUCGCCCGCUACAAAUCUGCCAUCCUUGUGGCCUACAGGAACCAGGAGAAGUACCUCCACCAUCUUCUCUACUACAUUCAUCCUUUCUUGCAGCGCCAGCAGCUCAGUUACACUAUCUACUUGAUUCAGCAGGUGGGGACUGGUUCAUUUAACCGAGCAAAGUUACUUAAUGUUGGUGUCCGGGAAGCCAUGAAGGAUGAAGACUGGGACUGCCUUGUGCUGCAUGAUGUUGACCUAGUACCUGAGAAUGACUAUAACCUCUACAUUUGCGAUGAAUACUAUCCCAAGCAUAUGGCAAGUGCCAUGGAUAAGUUUCAGUACAUUCUGCCUUACAAGACCUUUUUUGGGGGCGUAUCUGCUCUGACUCCAGAUCAUUACAUGAAGAUGAAUGGGUUCCCAAACACAUACUGGGGUGAUGGUGGUGAAUAUGACGACAUUGCUACAAGGAUUCAGUUAGCAGGAAUGAAAAUAGUCCGGACAUCACCUCACCUUGGACGCUACAAAGUGAUGAACUACGAGGAAGACACAGAGAUGCAAGAGCCUUGGAGAAGGCCUACUUCUCAACACAACACCAGGAAAACAUGGAAAGCUGAUGGAAUGAAUUCAUUACAAUUCAGGCUCCUUUCCAGGACAAAGCAUCCUCUUUAUACCAAGAUCACUGUGGACAUUGGAUAUGUUCCCCCAUUUUCUUAAGAGACUGAAAACAAAAGCAGAGGUUGGGUGCAGCCUGGGCAUUCAGCUGCUACCUCCCAUUGUCCUGUGCAGUCUGCACCACCUGAGACUAAUCCUUUUGCCUUUCAUGCAUUUCACUUUUCUUCAAACUGUUUAAGAUUUAGAAGGCUUCAGGAAUAGGAUAUGACAGCUAAUAAGCAGGCUGUGGCUUACUGUAAAAAUUGUCCACGUCACUGUAAAACUAACUACUGAGCCAAGUCUCCUUGACAGUAAGCUGAUCCAAGGUUUCUGGAACCUUUGUUCCAUAACUGGAUAGCUCUGUCCUGCUUUGUACUUAAGUGUUAAUUAGGAUGCAAGCCAUUCUGUCAGAAUGGCCUCUGAAGUGUUAUAUUUUGAGAAAGUGUUGAAGCCAGUCACAGUUCUGUAAAUAUCCUUUGUGAAUUUGAGUAAAAUAAAUUGAGUUCUGUGUUAGGCUUAAGAGUUUUAUAAAAUAUUAAGUAAGAGUGUAAUAAAAGAGAAAGUUGCCCUGAAACCAAACAAA